AUGUGGCAGGAUCCGAUCUGUAUUAGAUGCUGGACGCUGGAUGCUGGAUCUGUAUCAUACUCGUCAAUCUACCGUUCCGCCACACAGGCAGGAGGCAACCACGCUGAAGCGGUGGCUAGACUCGACCUAUACGCACACCCGAAGGAUGGGAGAGUCGAGCCUUGGAACGCGUGCUCCAGAGGGAAUCACCGACGUUUACUGACCGAGGAGAGGGCAGCAGUUUGUCUGGUCGACGAGACGCAACCUCGAGACAAGCAUCAAACGGUCACAAUGUGA